UCUGUCAAGCUAGAGGCAAAUGUGCAGUUUAAUUGUAACUACAGCGAUGACAGGAACACUUCCAGCCACCUUCGUAAAAGGUUUUCAUAACGAGGAGCUCGUCCGACGAAUGGAAUACCGCACUUUAGGCAGCACAGGUUUAAAAGUCUCCACUCUGGCACUUGGAGGUGCCACUUUGAGCGUUCUUUUUGACAAAAAAUUUGAUCAGGAGGAGGGCAUCAAAACAGUGCACGAGGCAAUCAAGUCUGGCAUCAACUACAUUGAUACUGCACCCUUCUAUGGCCAGGGCGAGUCGGAGAGGUUGCUCGGUCUAGCUCUCAAGGAUGUUCCUCGGGAGGCUUACUACAUUGCUACAAAGGUGGCACGCUAUGAACUUGAUCCCGAUCGCAUGUUUAAUUUCACGGCCGAAAAAACCCGUGAAAGUGUAAAGAAGAGCUUGGAUCUGCUAGGAUUGGAUUAUGUAGAUGUGCUACAAGUGCAUGAUGUGGACGCUGCACCAAGUCUAGAUAUGGUGCUCAACGAGACUAUUCCCGUGCUAGAGGAGUAUGUAAAGGCCGGCAAGGCACGAUUCAUUGGUAUCACAGCAUAUGAUGUGGAUGCUCUUAAGGAAUGCGCUGAGCGUGCUAAGGGUCGUGUCCAAGUGGUGCUCUCCUAUGCCCGCUACACUCUUCUGGAUAACACUCUUCUGAGAAAUAUGAAGGCCUUCAAGGAGCUGCAUGUUGGAGUUAUAUGUGCAGCAGCCCAUGCAUUGGGUCUGCUCUCUAAUGCUGGUCCACAAGCUUGGCACCCCGGCAGCCAAGAGUUGCAAUCUGUAGGCAAACAAGCAGCCGAAGUAUGCAAACAACGUGGCGUGGAGCUGGGUAAAUUGGCCAUGUAUUACACCAUGCAGCUAGAGGAUGCUUCCACCUUCUUGAUCGGCAUACCCAAUCGUCAUCUGCUGCAGCUCAACCUGGAUGUGGUCUUCAACGGCUUGACAGCCACGGAACAGGAAGUGUUGCAGUAUCUGCGCGAAAAUGUAUUCAAGCAGUCCUAUAGCUGGGGAUCCACACUAUCAACUGUUGGAGACUUUAAAUAGACCCAAACCAAAGGAUAGACGCCUAUCAUGAAAUGGCAGCAUUUAAAGCAUUUAAUUACUUGUAUAUUAUCUGUAUAAUGAACAAUAUAACAAUACAUAUAAUAAAAUCAAAUUUUAUAAUUGUA